GGCCCCGCAGCCGCCGGUCGGUGCCGGGUGCCGGGGGCGGGCACGGGCCUGCGCGACUCCUCCCCCGCCCGGCGCGGGUCCCGCUCUGCCCGGGCUGCGAGCGGCGGCGGCACCGGGCGCUGCCCGCGGGACCGCGGCGGGACGGGGCGCGGCGAGCGCCUUGCUGGCAGCCACCUCGCCAGGAUGAACGGGACGGCCAACGUCAGCCCCGCCAGCCGCAGCCACUACGUCUCCGCCAUCCCUGUGCCCCGCGCCGUGGCCCAUGCCAAGCCGCACGCCGCAGCCUCCCCGAGCACCUCAGGGCUCUCCGUCCCCCACAGGACUCCGUCCCCCCAGCCAGGGAAGGCGCUGGCCCCUGGCCCCAAGACCCUCAAGCCCAAAGGCGCUGGCAGAGCCGAGGGCAGGGAGGGCAGCCCCGGCGCUCCCCCCCGUGCGGGGCAGAGACACCCAGCCAGAGCCCCGGUGUUGCCCGGGAAGUGGCCAGAGGCCGCGGGCAGCAGUAGGAGAGAGGCAGAGGUGGAGGAGCCCACCGAGCUGCCCAAAGCCCCCCCAGUGCAGGGCAGGGGUGGGGGGCGGUUGGGGAGGUCCCCCAGGAAGACUAUGGCGAGGAUGGGAAAUGAGCCCCACAGCGGCUCGCAGGGCAGGAGCCCUGUGUUUGGGUCAGGGGCCAUCACCUUCUCCUCAGGCCCCCCACACAGCCACCCUGUCACCGCCACCGUGGCACCCUUCCAGUACCGGCUGCAGGAGGAGCCAGAGGAGGAUGGAGCCAUGUCCCCCGGUGACAAGUGCCCUGGUCCUGCAGAGGGACCUGACCCCCACCCCAAAGCUGGAGGCCUGACAACAGCAGCAGCGCCCGGCGGGUUAAAUGGUUGCAGCGCGGGGAUGCUGGGGAGCAACCUCAAGAGCCUUCCCGACGUGGAGCUGGGCGAGGAGGAGCGCGGCUACCGGCGGGGCCCCGACGGCGGCGCGGUGAUGCCGAAGCGGGCGAAGUCGGCGGCGGCACCGGCGGCGCCGCGGGGCGCGGAGCUGCGCGUCUUCAAGGCGAGCAGCGCGGAGGGGCGGCUGCCGGCCGGCUCCAACCUGCGCAAGCAGAAGUCGCUCACCAACCUGGCCUUCCUCACCGACGCCGAGAAGAAGCGGCAGCUCUACGAGCCCCGCUGGAGCGACGACAUGGCCAAAGCGACGGCAACGGGGGCGGCGGCGGGGGGAGGCGGCCGGGGCGGCGGCGGCCCCCGCGGCCGGGAGGCGCCCGCCAUGUCGCGGAGCUUGUCCCGCUCCGAGCACUCGCUGCUGUCGCCGCGCCCCGCCGGCCCCGCCAAGCCGCCGCCCGCCGGCAAGCCCAGCCGCAUCCCCCGCGGGCCCUACGCCGAGGUGAAGCCCCUCAGCAAGGCCCCCGAGGCGGGCGGCGGCGGCGGGGGCGGCAAGUGCGACGACGAGCUGCUGGGCGGGAAGGGGCCGGCGGUGGCGGCGGGCGCGGAGGAGAAGCCCUACCUGAAGGUGGACCCCGAGCUGGUGGUGACGGUGCUGGGAGACCUGGAGCAGCUGCUCUUCAGCCAGAUGUUGGACCCCGAGUCCCAGAGGAAGAGGACGGUACAGAAUGUGCUGGACCUUCGGCAGAACCUGGAGGAGACCAUGUCCAGCCUGAGGGGCUCUCAGGUGUCUCACAGCUCCCUGGAGAUGACCUGCUACGACAGCGACGAAGCCAACCCCCGCAGUGUCUCCAGCCUGUCCAACCGCUCCUCCCCGCUGUCCUGGCGCUACGGGCAGUCGAGCCCACGCCUGCAGGCGGGGGACGCGCCAUCGGUCGGGGGGACCUGCCGCUCCGAGGGCACCCCCAGCUGGUACAUGCACGGGGAGCGGGCGCACUACUCACACACCAUGCCCAUGCGCAGCCCCAGCAAGCUGAGCCACAUCUCCCGCCUGGAGCUGGUUGAAGCAUUGGACACUGAUGACGUGGAGCUGAAGUCGGGCUACAUGAGCGACAGCGACCUGAUGGGGAAGACGCUGACGGAGGAUGACGACAUCACCACAGGCUGGGAUGAGAGCAGCUCCAUCAGCAGCGGCCUCAGCGAUGCCUCCGACAACCUCAGCUCAGAGGAGUUCAACGCCAGCUCCUCGCUCAACUCCCUGCCCUCCACCCCCACCGCCUCGCGCAGGAACUCGGCCAUAGCGCAGCUGCGCACGGACUCGGAGAAGCGCUCGCUGGCAGAGAGCGGGCUGAGCUGGUACGGCGAGGGCGAGGACAAGGCGCCCAAGAAGCUGGACUACGAGAGCAGCAGCCUCAAGAUGGAGCACGGCUCCAAGUGGCGGCGGGAGCCCUCGGAGGGCGGCGACGAGGGUUCCAAGGGCGGUGAGCUGAAGAAGCCCGUCAGCCUGGGCACCUCGGGCUCCCUCAAGAAGGGCAAGACCCCUCCGGUGGCUGUGACCUCCCCCAUCACCCACACAGCCCAGAGCACCCUCAAAGUGGCAGCAGGCAAGCCCGAGACCAAAGGCACAGACAAGAGCAAGCUGUCUGUGAAGAGCACCGGCCUGCAGCGCUCCUCCUCUGAUGCCGGCCGGGACCGCAUCACCGACGCCAAGAAACCGCCCUCGGGCCUCACGCGCCCCUCAGCAUCCAGCUCCUUUGGCUACAAGAAACCGGCUCCCACCACCGGCACGGCCACCGUCAUGCAGACUGGGGGCUCGGCCACGCUCGGCAAGAUCCAGAAGAGCUCUGGCAUCCCUGUCAAGCCGGUCAGUGGGAGGAAAACAAGCCUGGAUGUCUCCAAUGCAGCUGAGCCCGGCUUCCUGGCCCCGGGGGCUCGUUCCAACAUUCAGUACCGCAGCCUGCCCCGGCCGGCCAAGUCCAGCUCCAUGAGUGUCACCGGCGGCCGCGGCGCGAACCGGCCGGUCAGCAGCAGCAUCGAUCCCAGCCUGCUGAGCACCAAGCAGGGCGGCAUCUCGGUGUCGCGGCUCAAGGAGCCGUCCAAGAUCGGCGCUGGCCGUGGCACGCCAGCCCCCGUGAACCAGACGGACCGUGAGAAGGAGAAGGCCAAAGCCAAGGCAGUGGCGCUUGAUUCUGAGUGUGGAACGCUGAAGAGCAUCAGCUCACCUGAGAGCACCCCAAAAGCCCAGGCCAACCUCCCGCCGGCGGCCAAGGUGGCUGAGCUGCCCCCCACACCUCUCAGAGCGGCUGCCAAGACCUACGUGAAGCCUCCCUCGCUGGCCAACUUGGACAAGGUCAACUCCAACAGCCUGGACUUGCCCUCCUCCAGCGAGCUGCACCCCCCGCACGCUGCCAAGCUGCAGGACCUGCACCCGGCCGGGGGGCACCUGGCACCCUGCUUCAGCCCCAGCCCUGCCCCCAUCCUCAACAUCAACUCCGCCAGCUUCUCCCAGGGCCUGGAGCUCAUGGGGGGCUUCAGCGUCCCCAAGGAAGGCAGGAUGUACCCCAAGCUCUCCGGCCUGCACCGCAGCAUGGAGUCCCUGCAGAUGCCCAUGAGCCUGCCCAGUGCCUUUUCAGGGGGCAGCACCACCACCCCCACCCCUGCUGCUGUGCCCCCUGCCAGCACGGAGGAGGAGGAGGAGGAGGAGGAGGAGGCAGGAGAGCUGGGCUGGAGUGGGAGCCCCCGGCUCGCACAUCUGGACAGCACCAACCGUGACAGGAACACGCUGCCUAAGAAAGGGCUGAGGUACCAGCUCCACUCCCAGGAGGAGGCCAAGGAGCGGCGGCACUCGCACGCUGUGGGCAGUGGGCUCCCCGAGGCCGAGGACCAGCAGGACCUGCCCUCGCCCCCUGCCCUCCCCAUGGCGCUGGUCGGGAAGGGGCCGCUCACCAGCAUCGUGAGUCCCACUGCUGCCGCAGCCCCCCGGAUCACCCGCUCCAACAGCAUCCCCACCCACGACUCCACCUUCGAGCUGUACAGCACGUCCCAGCUGGGCAGCACCCUCUCCCUGGCCGACAAGUCCAAGGGCAUGAUCCGCUCGGGCUCCUUCCGCGACCCUGUGGAUGACGUUCACGGAUCAGUGCUGUCCCUGGCUUCCAGCGCGUCCUCCACCUACUCCUCCGCUGAGGAGAAGAUGCAGUCCGAGCAAAUCCGCAAGCUGCGCCGCGAGCUGGAGUCCUCGCAGGAGAAGGUGGCCACCCUGACGUCCCAGCUCUCUGCUAACGCCAACCUGGUGGCAGCUUUUGAGCAGAGCCUGGUGAGCAUGACGUCUCGCCUGCGGCACCUGGCCGAGACCGCUGAGGAGAAGGACACGGAGCUGCUGGACCUGCGAGAGACCAUUGACUUCCUGAAGAAGAAGAAUUCAGAGGCCCAGGCUGUGAUCCAGGGUGCCCUGAAUGGCACAGAUGUCACCCCCAAAGAGCUGCGCAUCAAGCGGCAGAACUCCUCCGACAGCAUCUCCAGCCUCAACAGCAUCACCAGCCACUCCAGCAUCGGCAGCAGCAAGGACGCUGACGCCAAGAAGAAGAAGAAGAAGAGCUGGCUCCGCAGCUCCUUCAACAAGGCCUUCAGCAUCAAGAAGGGCCCCAAAUCAGCCUCGUCCUACUCGGAUAUUGAGGAGAUCGCCACGCCAGACUCGUCGGCCCCCUCAUCCCCCAAGCUGCAGCAUGGCUCCACAGAGACCGCCUCGCCCUCUAUCAAAUCCUCCACCUCCUCCUCCGUGGGCAUCGACACGACCGAGCUCUUCCAGGCCAACAGCGAGGGUGAGCCGGAGAAGAAGGAGGUGUCGGAGCUCCGGUCAGAGCUGUGGGAGAAGGAGAUGAAGCUGACGGACAUCCGCCUGGAGGCCCUCAACUCAGCCCACCAGCUGGAGCAGCUGCGGGAGACCAUGCACAACAUGCAGCUGGAGGUGGAUCUGCUGAAGGCUGAGAAUGAUCGGCUCAAAGUGGCUCCGGGGCCCUCAGCAGUGCCAGGCUCUGUUCCUGGCCAUGUCACGAGCACAUCGGCCUCUUCUUCACCGCGGCGCUCGCUGGGGCUUGCCCUUGGCCACGGCUUCAGCCCCAGCCUGGGGGACACAGAUGUGUCCCCCAUGGACGCUGUCAGUGCUGGCACCCAGAAGGACGAGCUGACACUGCGGAUUGUGGUGCGCAUGCCACCCCAGCACAUCAUCAAGGGGGACCUCAAGCAGCAGGAGUUUUUCCUGGGCUGGACCAAGGUUAGUGGGAAGGUGGACUGGAAGAUGCUGGAUGAGGCUGUCUGCCAAGUCUUCAAGGAUUAUAUCACCAAGAUGGAUCCUGCUUCCACGCUGGGUCUCAGCACCGAGUCCGUCUACGGCUACAGCAUCAGUCACAUCAAGCGGAUCCUGGACACGGAGCCGCCGGAGCUGCCGCUGUGCCGCCGGGGCCUGACCAGCAUCGUCGUCACACUGAAAGGCUUGAAGGAGAAGUGUGUGGACAGCCUGGUGUUCGAGACGCUUAUCCCCAAGCCCAUGAUGCAGCACUACAUCAGCCUCCUGCUGAAGCACCGGCGGCUCAUCCUCUCGGGACCCAGUGGCACCGGCAAGACCUACCUGACCAACCGCCUGGCCGAGUACCUGGUGGAGCGCUCGGGUCGGGACGUCACGGAGGGCAUCGUCAGCACCUUCAACAUGCACCAGCAGUCCUGCAAGGACCUGCAGCUGUACCUCUCCAACCUGGCCAACCAGAUUGACCGGGAGACGGGCACAGCGGACGUGCCGCUGGUGAUCCUGCUGGAUGACCUCAGCGAGGCGGGCUCCAUCAGCGAGCUGGUCAACGGCGCGCUCACCUGCAAGUACCACAAAUGCCCCUACAUCAUUGGGACCACCAACCAGCCUGUGAAGAUGACCCCAAACCACGGCCUCCAUCUCAGCUUCAGGAUGCUGACCUUCUCCAACAACGUGGAGCCAGCCAAUGGCUUCCUGGUGCGCUACCUGCGGCGGAAGCUGCUGGAGUCGGACACGGACGUCAAUGCCAACAAGGAGGAGCUGCUGCGCGUGCUGGACUGGGUGCCCAAGCUCUGGUACCACUUGCACACCUUCCUGGAGAAACACAGCACCUCUGACUUCCUCAUCGGUCCCUGCUUCUUCUUGUCCUGCCCCAUUGGAAUUGAGGAUUUCCGAACCUGGUUCAUUGACCUGUGGAACAACUCCAUCAUCCCCUACCUGCAGGAGGGAGCAAAAGAUGGGCUCAAGGUACAUGGACAGAAGGCAGCCUGGGAGGACCCCGUGGAGUGGGUGCGGGACACCCUGCCCUGGCCAUCAGCGCAGCAGGACCAGUCCAAGCUGUACCACCUGCCUCCACCCACCAUUGGGCCCCACAGCACCGUGUCCCCCCCCGAGGAGCGCACCGUCAAGGACACGACGCCCAGUUCCCUGGACGCAGACCCUCUGAUGGCCAUGCUGCUGAAGCUCCAGGAAGCCGCCAACUACAUUGAGUCUCCAGAUCGUGAGACCAUGGUGGAUCCUGACCUGCAGUCGACUCUGUGAGGCCCGGACAUGCCGGCCCAGGCGGAGGGAGCCGGGCUGCUUUCCUUUCCUCUGGCAUCCCGGAGCGCGGGGCUGGCGAGCGAGCGGAGAGGACCGGGGCUCCAGCACGUCCCGGCAGAGCGCGGGGAAGCUCGGCUCAUCUUUAGGAGAGAGCGAGGCACCGUCUCCCCUCCCGACCUUGGGGGUAGGAGAGAAUCCUGGUUUCUCUUCUUGUUUUUUUUUUCUGUCUCUGUUACAAACUCUCGGGCUUUGGGGCCAGGGUGACCGAUGUGGCCAAGCCCCCUGUCCCGGGAGCUGCAGGAAGGCCCCUGCGUGGGGCAGGGACCCCGCGGGAGCCGCCUGGGCCAAAGCUGGGGGCACAGGAGGAGCCCGGGGCCGCAGGAGGAGAGCGCGGGCGCCGGGGUGUGCAGCUCCGUCCCCCGGCAGGCACAGGCCGAGGAGGAGCGCGGCUCUCACCCCUGUCUUUGUACGUUCCCCAUUUCGCCUGCAUGGCAGCCACCGCGCCCAGGAUGGCCCAAUAAACCCUGCUUUGGUUAUUUUAUUUUGUUUCCCCCCUUCCCCUUUUCCUUUGGCCGAGUCCAGACUUUGCUUUGGUCCCUUUUUUGUUCUGUUUCUUUGCUCUCCUGGCCUGGAGCCCGUGAGCCCACCGCUUCCCCGUUAGCAGCUCCCUUGCCCUUCUGGUUUCUUUUGCAGUUGCUUCCACCACUCAAACCACCUCUGUCACAAAACUGGUGCUCACUGGACGAUCUCCAGUCCCUGAAUGCAGUUCCUGGCCCCUCAGAGCUUGGCUGAGGUGGCACUUGGCAGCCGGUAGCAGCAGGACCCUCCCCGAGCAGCCCCUUGCCUGGCCGCUGCCCCCUCCCCAAAAGCACAAGGCAGAGUGUGGCCCUGGGGAUGGGCUCUCCCACCAGGCCGGGAUGCCAUGGGUGUCCCCUCCCCAGGGUGUCCAGGCAGGGGGAGGUCGCUGCUUCCCCAUCCCCUUGGUGCUGGGGGGCACAACCUGCCCCACAUCCCCUCGGUGCUGCUGGGCCUGUGGGGGUUGGUGAGCUGUCCCUGUGCCACCGGCUCUCCAGGGCCCUGUGCCUUCCCCAGGGUCUGGCUGUGCCCUGUGUCAGUGUUCUGGGGCCACCAAGGGCUGCCAUGUGUCCUCUUGGUCCUACCGUGCAAUGUCACGGAUGAGGCUCCUGGCACGGAGGGGAUCAGCCCCGGUGCUGCCACGGUGCCUUAAACCCCACCGUGUGGGACGGGGACACACGAGGCUGGCGCUGUCACAGCUCCAGCUGCUGUGUCCUAUGGCUGUCCCCAGAGCCAGCUUGGCGGGGAUGGGACAGGGUGCUGGCACCGGCCUGAGCUGGGGCUGCUGCCGUCAGCACCUCCCGCUUGCCCCAGGACCAUGGGGUGCUCGUCUGGGCCAGCACCUCCCUCCUGCCCCAAGUCCCCCAGGCUCUGCUAUGGCCCAGUCCCCGCAUCAACCUGGCCCUAGGGAGCCUUUCAGGGAGAGGUGACCCCGGAGCUGGCUCUGCCAGACUGUCCUUCCCCAGCCCCACCACUCGGAACCGUGCAGCCUCAGCCCCACUGCCCUGGGGCUGCUGUGGCCUUCAGGGACACCUCACACCCCCAAAGCCGGCAUCUCCUCCGUGGCCCAGCCUUGUUGGUGAUGCCGCGCGGAGGCAGCUGCUGGCUCUGCCCUUGGUGCUCUCUCGGCCGGUGCGUCUUGCCUUGCCGCCGGGGCCGGCCGGCGCGUCCCGGCCGCGGCACAUGCGCCCCAUGGUGCUCACGUCUCCGUCUGUCCGGCAGCCUCUUCGCGCAGGGGCGUCACUCCCCACGCUGGCUUGGACGUUAGGGCUUUUCUGUUCGCCUGCUCUUGUGUUGCCGCUGUCGGCCGAGGACUUGCUGUAAAUAGGUCUGUAGUCGGAUGCCCUGUGUGGGUUGGUGGGGCCCAGCCCUGCGCCUCUUUCCUUUUUAUUUCCUUUUGUUUCGUUUUUUUUUUGUACUCUGUGAUAACUGUGCUGUGCUGACUUCUUUUCUGAUUGUACAAGACACCGGCUCAGCAGCCGCUCGAGGCCGGCGCUGGGGACCCGGCUGUCCCAUCCAGCCCCUCUCGCCCUCCUCAGGGCAGGAGGCACCUUUGGGGGCUGCCCUGUGCCCGAGCGCUCUGAGUCGUCCCAUGGGGGGAGCAGCUCACGCACCCUCCCGCUCUGCACGGCCUUGGCUGGGCCUGACUUGCCUUUUCCCACAAAGCCACCAAAAUGUUGACCAAACUGUCCCCAGCACCAUCUUGCUGGGGGCUGCGCUGCCGGGCAUCCCCCAGCCUGUUUCCCGGGGGUUGGUCCCGUCCUUCCCCAUGUGGGGCUGCCCGGUAUCCCCGUCACCUCAGCCGGGCCAUGCCGGAGAUGGGUGGCACCUGAUGGGGUACAUCAGGAAUCCCCGAGGGGAAGAGGAAGGGUGAGGGUGAUGCCAGCAGCUGCACCUCAGUGUGGGCCAUGCCCGCGGAAGGGACAGGCCCUGAUGGCUUCAUCCUGGCUUACACCGUGUCCCAAGUGUGGCAGCUGUCUGUGGGGGACUGAGUGUCUGUGGGCUGAGCCCCUCUGCCCCAGGGCACAGGGCCAAGGAUUGCACUGUCACCCCAAAGGUGCCUGCUGCCCCUAUGGGUACCCCGCAUCCCCACGGGUGCCUGUCAGUCACCCCCCAAGGGUGCCUGUCACCUCCAAAAGAGCCCAUCACUCCCCAAGGGUGCCUCUUGCCCCCCCCAAGGAUGUCUGUGACCUCCAAAGGUGCUGGUUGUCCCCAAAGGUGCCCAUGGCCCCUGGGAGCACCAGGAGCCCUCCCAAGGGGCUGGAGCUGGGGGACACCAGCGCCUCCCCCUCCUGUCCCCUCGAGCUGCUGCCGCCCGGUGGCCUGAACCUUACAAUUUUAGCUUUUUUCUAUUAAAAACAAACAACCUUUUUUUAAUUAAAUAAAAGACGAAAUGGACAAAUUCCUGUUUUAGAUGAUCUGUGUAAUGGACUGGGUUUUGUGUUUCUUAACUGCAUGGUAUUCCUGCCGAGGGGUUUUAUAGCACUUUUUAAAUUUCUCUUUAAGAUUUUGGUCCAGAUUUCUACUGCUCUCGCCUGUCUGUCUUUGCUUUCUCCUUGCCUCCUCCAAGUUUGUAAACUCGCUCCAUUUUAUACCUGAUGUUGAGACCCAUCCCCAUGUUGUACAUAACUGCGGGAACAAUCACAGGGAACAAACACCAUCUGGACUCUUUCCACCAUUAGUUGUUUUUACUUACAAGAAAUUUUAAAAGAAUCAUACGAGGAAGCCAGGAAAAGGCUUGAGGAUGUUACAAAAGACAGAAACAGAUCCAGCCCUGCACCAAGUCGGCUCCUGCUGCCCACGCUGCCCGCACCAACCGGCAUGUCUUUUCUCGGUCGUCUGACACCAUUGGAUUCAAUAAAGUUAUCUCCUGUUC